AUGGUAGAUGUUUGGCAACACCUUGUGAGCAGACUGAAGCUUGUUGUGUGCUUUCAGUUAGCUUUGGCUUGCACUGGGUUCACGAGUGAGGCCUCUAGCAGUCAGCCUUUCCCCUGGAAUCAACUGAGGCUCCCAAAUAAUGUUGUUCCAAAGCACUAUGACCUCAGCAUCCACCCCAACCUCAGGACCCUAAACUUCACUGGAACUGUGCGGAUCAGUGUUGAUGUCAAACAGGACACAAGCUACAUAGUCCUGCACAGCAAAGGGCUCGACAUCACCAAGGCGAAGAUUUUAGGGGAAGACGACGGGAAGCCAGUGGACAAGGAGCAAAAUCUCACCGUUCUCGAGCAUCUAGAGCAGGAGCAGAUAGCUUUGCUUCUGCCGUACCAGUUACAAGAAGGACGAAAGUAUCAGCUUCACAUUGAGUUCCAAGCAAGCCUGGCAGAUGACUUUGAUGGCUUCUACAAGAGCACCUAUAUGACUCGUGAUGGUGAAAAAAGAGUACUCGCAGCCACAGACUUUGAACCCACAGCAGCAAGAAUGGCUUUUCCCUGCUUCGAUGAGCCUUUGUUUAAAGCCACAUUUUCCAUUAAGAUACGCAGAGAAAGACGACAUAUCGCACUGUCCAAUAUGCCAAGGAUCCAGACUGUGGAGCACGAGGAUGGACUGGUGGAAGACAUCUUUGAUAAGAGUGUCAGGAUGAGUACCUACCUGGUGGCCUUUGUAGUGAGUGACUUCAGAUCCGUUAGUGCCACUACAUCUUCAGGCGUUAAGGUUUCAGUGUAUGCGAUCCCGGAGAAAUUGAAUCAAACCCAUUACGCACUUGAAGUAGCAGUUAAAUUGUUGGAGUUCUAUGAAGUUUAUUUCAACAUCAGCUUCCCCUUGCCGAAACAAGACCUGAUUGCUAUACCGGACUUCAUGUCAGGGGCGAUGGAGAACUGGGGCUUAAUAACCUACAGGGAGACUGCCCUCCUUUACGAUCCACACACAUCGUCUGCCACAGAUAAAUUCUGGGUCACCAGGGUCAUCAGCCAUGAACUGGCUCAUCAGUGGUUCGGAAAUCUGGUGACCAUGGAGUGGUGGAAUGACAUUUGGCUGAAUGAAGGAUUCGCCCGAUACAUGGAGAAGGUGUCGCUCAGUAGCACCUAUCCUGAAAUGAAGGCGGAUGAGAAUUUUUUAGGUGUGUGUUUUGGAGCCAUAUACAGCGAUUGUCUCAACUCCUCACGCCCAAUCUCUAACCCAGCUGAAACACCCGUUCAGAUCAUGGAAAUGUUUGACUCUGUCUCUUAUGAUAAGGGAGCCUGCAUUCUGAACAUGCUGAGGGAUUUCCUGAGUGAGGAGGUGUUUCAGAGAGGGAUCAUCCACUACCUACAGAAGUACAGCUACAGCAACGCCAAGAGUGCAGACCUGUGGAACACUGUGGCUAACGCCUCUAUUCAGAGCGACCUUUCCACCAGCAGUUUCUGCUAUGCCCCUUCACAUGCUGAAAAGAACGCUGUAAGUCACAAGCUUUGGUACACAUGUGAGAACCUGGAUGUGAGGGAGAUGAUGGACACAUGGACACAUCAGAUGGGUAUCCCUCUGAUUACGGUGGAAAGAACAGGAGCGAGCGUCCGGAUUCGCCAGGAAAGGUUUCUGAAAGGAAUCCUGGAUGAUGAUGCAGAGUAUCCCUCUCUACAAGCAGGGUACCUGUGGCAUAUUCCUAUAACGUAUUUCACCAACCAUUCCAAAACUCCCCACAGACAUUUGUUGAAAACAAAGACUGACACCAUUCAACUAGAGGGAGAGGUCGGCUGGAUAAAGGUCAACGUUGACAUGAGCGGAUAUUACAUGGUGCAUUAUGGGGAAGAAGGAUGGGAUGCCCUGAUUAGUCUGCUAGAUCAGAACCACACUGCAUUGAGCAGUAAAGACCGAACUAACCUCAUUCAAAAUGCCUUCCAGCUGGUCAGCACAGGCAAGAUGUCCUUGUACCAAGCUCUUAAUCUGACGCGGUAUCUGAACCGAGAAACCGAAAACCUACCCCUAAUACAGGGGAUAUCUUACAUCAGUCUUCUGUACCUCAAGAUGGAACUACAGAACGUCUCAAGCACCGCAGAAAGUCUAAAGACUUAUGUCCUGCGGUAUUUCAGGGAUGUGAUUGACAAGCAGACAUGGAACGACGAGGGCUCCAUGUCGGAGCGGAAGCUCCGAGCAGCAAUCCUGAAAUUGUCCUGUGUCCUGGGAUACCCACCCUGUGUCCAGAAGGCUUCCCAGCUCUUUGGGGAAUGGCUCGCUUCAAACGGCACCAAGAGGGUGCCAGCAGAUGUUCUGACACCAGUUUUUCUAGUUGGAGCCCAGGAUGCAACAAACUGGAACCUUCUUCUCAAUAUCUACAAGAGCUCGUUGUCCUCAAGUUAUAAGAAAAAGAUCCUGUCUGCUCUGACCAGCAGUAAAGAUCCUGACAAACUUGUCAGGCUGAUCAAUCUGGCAAUGGAGGGAGAGGUGAUCAGGACACAGGAUCUGGGCUCUGUCAUCGUUGCCAUCUCCCUGAAUCCCGCAGGACAAACCCUGGCCUGGAACUUUCUCCAGAAAAACUGGAAACAGCUGCUGGAGAAGUUCCAUGUGGGAUCAUCAUCAUUCAGAAAAAUCUUGACGGGAACCACUGGACAUGUCUCCUCUAAGAAGGAGCUGGAGGAGGUAAAGGCAUUCUUUGAUUUGUUAAAAGCACAUGGACAUAAAUUAAAAGUGACAGAAGUCGUGAUAGAAGGGAUCCAGAAGAAUAUCCGUUGGUUGGAGAGAAAUCUUCACAUGCUGAAUAAAUGGUUGUCAGAGAAUACUCCUUCAGAACCAAUAUAACAGUGUUUUUAUAACUGAAACUGUAAAAAAGAUGUACAGUGCAGUUGCUAAUUGCUGUGUAUAUGAUUAUAUAGUCCUCUCCAAAUGUACUGGAACAGGAAGGCCAAUUUCUUUGUUUUUCCGAUACGAUUAAUACAUUUGGGGUUGAAAUUAAAAAGAUGAUCACGAGACAACAGUUCAGAAUUUCAGCUUUUAUUUCCUGGUCACCUAGAUGUGUUAAACUACUUAGACCAUAGGACCUCUGGCAUCAGACCACCCAAUUUUUAGGUGAGAAAAAGUAUUAGAACAGAGAGUAUUUAAGUAAAUGAAAGUAAAUAACACUUCAUAUUUGGUAACAUAUCCCUGUUUGUUUUGGCGGGUUUUUCCCUUUAAUCUCUUCUUCAGGAGGUGAAAUGCAUGAUCAAUUGGGUUAAGGUCUGGUGAUUGACUUGGCCAGUCUAAAACCUUCCACUUUUUCUCCCCAAUGAAGUCCCUAAUUGGGUCAUUGUCUUGCUCCAUAAUGAAGUUCCUCCCAAUUAGUUUGGACGCAUUUCUCCAUAAAUUGGCAGACAGAAUGUUUUUGUAGAUUUCUGAAUUCAUCCUGCUGCUACAAUCAUCAUCAUCAUUACAUCAUCAGUAAAGAUUAGUGAGCCUGCUCUAGAAGCAGCCAUGCAAGCCAAAGCCAUGACACUUCCUCCGCCGUGCUUCACAGAUGAGCUUGUAUGUUUUAGAUCAUGAGCAGAUCCAUUUUCUCUCUACACUUUGGCCUUUCCAUCACUUUAGUAGAGGUUAAUCUUGGUCUCACCAGUCCAUAAAACUUUGUUCCAGAACUUUUGUUGCUCAUAUCUGUACUUCUUUGCAAAUUGUAAUCUCGCCUUCCGAUUCUUACUACCAAUAAGUGAUUUGCAUCUUGUAGUAUAGCCUCUAUGUUGCUUCAAUAUAUAGCAAAAACAAAGGAAUUGACCUUACUGUUCCAAUACUCUUGGAGGGGACUGUAUGUAUAUUGAUUGCUUUCAUCAGCCUGUUUUGUUUACAUCAGGAUAUGGAUGGCACAGAACAAACUGUUGCCAUCUGGAAUUACAAAUAAAGCACUGAUUACUCCUCUAAAAA